AUCGUGGUCGACGAGUGCCACCUCACGCUCACGGCGGCCGCCUUCCGCAAGAGCAUGCUACAGCUAGGCGCGCACGUGCGCCAGGUCCGGACCCAGACGGUCUGGCUGACGGCCACGCUGCCGCCGGCCUUCGAGGAGGCCUUUCUGCGCCGUAACUUCCUCGUACGGCCGCGGUUCGUCCGGGAGUCGGUGAACCGACCGAACAUCAAGUACCGGGUCGAGCGGUUCGGCGGCGCCGGGUCCGUCUGCGAGCGCGCGGUCGACCUCGUGCACGCCCUCCUGGCCGGCGAGCCCGACGACGGCGGCGGCGGCGCGAGGAUGGUCGUGUACUGUCCUACGCUCGACGCCGUGGAAGAGCUCGCCGAGGCGCUCGGCUGCCCCAUGUACGUUGGCAACCGCGCGAUGAUGAGCGGCGACGAUAAGGACGCGGCCAUCGACCGGUGGCUCAGCCCGGGCGGCUCGCCGGUCAUCGUCGCCACGUCGGCCCUGGGCGUGGGCUUCGACUACCCCCACGUGCGCUGGGUCGUGCACGUAGGCGCGCCGCGGCGUAUAACGGACUUCUCGCAGGAGUCGGGGCGCGCGGGCCGUGACGGGCGGCCGGCCACGUCCGUCAUCCUGCUCAGCGCCGCGUGGCAGCGUGCCGGCGCGCCCGCCGCCCUAGACGAGGACGAGGAGGCGAUGCAGCUCUACCUAGCGGGGGGCCACUGCCUGCGGGCCGUCCUGAGCCAGUUCCUCGACCAGCCGGGCGACUGGCGUUGGUGUAUGGAGCACGAGGACGAGCCCUGCGGCGCAUGCCCGAGGCCACGCACAGAGCGCCGGCCGACCGGGCACGUGCUCACGCUGGGCGGCCGCGCCGUCGAGAGGCAGGAGCAGCCG